CCCACACUUCUUCUCUCUUAUUUCCUCCCUCCCUCUCAGUGAAUUUCACUAUAUCAGUCCUAACAACGUCGUAAACUUUCCGCUUUCAGUUCUACUAAAGGGAUAUGGAAUACGGCAGAGUCCAACCGUCGGAGCCAGGAGGCUCCUCCAAGCACCACGUGGCGGAAAACCCAUCACUCCCACAAACCGCCACGUCAUCCGCCUCCUCAACCAGCCGCAGCCGCAAGAACAAGCUCAUCCUAAUCUCUCUCCUCUCCGUCGCACUCAUACUCGCGUCCGCCGUCUCCGCAGUCGUCCUAUUCGCCGGCCGCUCCAAAGCUUCGAACUCCGCUGCCUCCUCCGCCCUCCACCGCAAGCCCACGAAGGCCAUCUCAGACGCGUGCGCCAGGACCCGCUUCCCCUCCCUCUGCGUCGACUCCCUACUGGACUUCCCCGGCUCCACCACCGCGUCGGAGCAGGACCUCGUCCACAUUUCCUUCAACAUGACGCUGCAGCGCCUCAGCAAGGCGCUCUACCUCUCCUCCUCCCUCUCCUACCGCCAGAUGGAUCCCUACUCCCGCUCCGCCUACGAUGACUGCCUCGAGCUCCUCGACGACUCCGUCGACGCCCUCUCCCGUGCCCUCACCUCCGUCAUCCCCGGCGCAGCGUCCACGUCCACGUCCGCACAGGACGUACUGACGUGGCUGAGCGCAGCGCUCACGAACCAGGACACGUGCGGGGAGGGUUUUGAGCAAAUCAAUGGCGGCGACGUCAAGAACGAGAUGGACCAGCGGCUCAAGGACUUGUCGGAACUCGUGAGCAACUGCCUCGCAAUUUACUCGGCGAUCGGGGGCGGCGAUUUCUCCGGAGUCCCGAUACAGAACAGGCGGAGGAGGUUGUUAGGUAAUUCCGACAUGGAGCGCGAUAUAAUGGGGGAUAAUGCCAAUGUCUCGCGAGAUUUUCCGAGGUGGUUGGGUAGGAGGGAGAGGAGGUUGCUGGCGGUGCCGGGAUCGCAGAUACAGGCGGAUAUUAUCGUGUCGAAAGAUGGCAGUGGGACGUUCAAGACGAUCGCGGAGGCGAUCAAAAAGGCGCCGGAGUCUAGUUCUCGUCGGACAAUUAUUUACGUCAAAGCAGGAAGGUACGAAGAGAGUAAUUUGAAGGUGGCGAGGAAGAAGACCAACUUGAUGUUCAUCGGAGACGGGAAGGGCAAAACCAUAAUUACCGGAGGGAAAAACGUCGCGCAGAAAGUGACCACAUUCCACACUGCAACUUUCGCUGCUCAAGGAGCUGGUUUUAUUGCACGUGACCUAACGUUCGAGAACUACGCCGGACCGGACAAGCACCAAGCCGUCGCCCUCCGAAUAGGAGCGGACCACGCUGUGGUCUACCACUGCAGCAUCAUCGGAUACCAAGACACAUUUUACGUGCACUCGAAUCGCCAAUUCGUACGUGAAACGGAUAUUUACGGGACAGUGGAUUUCAUUUUUGGCAAUGCGGCUGUAGUGUUCCAAAAGUGUAGCCUCUACGCUCGCAAGCCCAUGGCGAAUCAAAAAAACACGAUCACAGCCCAAAACCGGAAGGACCCGAAUCAGAACACAGGCAUUUCUAUCCAUGAUUGCCGGAUCCUCGCCACUCCGGAGCUCGAGGGUUCAAAGGGUAGCUUCCCGACGUAUCUAGGCCGUCCGUGGAAGUUGUACUCUAGGACAGUUUACAUGUUAUCGUUCAUUGGUGAUCACGUUCAUCCGCGUGGAUGGCUUGAGUGGAAUGGGAAUUUCGCCCUAGAUACCCUCUACUACGGUGAAUACAUGAACUCUGGCCCUGGCGCGGCGGUAGGGCAACGAGUAACUUGGCCUGGGUAUCGGGUUAUUACCUCUCCGGUGGAGGCCGGUAAGUUCACUGUUGCACAGUUUAUAUAUGGGUCGUCAUGGUUGCCGUCCACCGGGGUGGCAUUCUUGGCCGGUUUAUCAGUCUAAAUUACACCGGCGGUAGUUCUUUAGUGGGUAAAUGCUCUUAUUCCCUUGGUAACUGUAAGA